UAUCUGGAAAUAUGAACCUUAUGGUCUUCAUGUGGCUCUCAGGUGACUACUUAAUGCAGUACUAAAAUUUACCCACAUGAAGUAUCAAAAUCUAUUGAAUUUUUUCUAGGUUUUCUUUCUUAAGAUAAAAUUCAAUCCUAAGUUGGAACUUGAUCAUAAUGGGAAAAAAAUAACACCUUCCUUCUCUGUACUUCAUGUGGUUUGGUCCAGAUCUCACUUGUUUGUUGUGCUCUGCAGGGGCUCCUGCAAGGCUGAGUGCUCCUAUCUUAAAAUGCCAUGUAGAAGACAGCAAAACAAAGCACACUGGCUGGGAACAUGAGAUAUAAGACACAAGCUCCAGGUACUCUUAUCUGUAGUUUUUUUUUCUUGGCAUGUAUUGUGUGAACGGCUUAUAAAGGGACCCACAUGAUGCUGGAAACAUAGUACACUCAGACUGACCUAAUUUACGCUCUGUAGAUCUCACCGGUUCUCUCAUCUGGUUGUUUUAUGAGGCCACCAAAGGGCUAUUUUUACGCGAAUGUCACUUCUAGGAAAGCACGACCCAGACUGGCUCAGGGUCGCACCGAGGAAUGCAGCCAUUGGGCGAGUUUUUACGCAGCACAUGCAGAUACUUGUUUCAUUGAAAAAAAUGCGUAAAAUAAUUUAACCCUGAAGUUUUUUUCCCCCAUGUAGUAACUAGUGAUUUUUAUUUGGCGUCACUAGAUCGCUAGACGCGCAAAAGCGGAGACACCUGACGUCUCCACCACGUACGCGCGCCUCCGGUGUUGGCUGCAAAAAACCAGCGAGGCUCAACGCGUGUUCGCGGAUCCACGGGGAUUUGGGGCUGAAUGAAGUAAGUGAGCGCGUUUGGCAGAGCAGGCGGUUCAUCUGUGAGACUCCUACAUUCACAUUCGCCUGUGCGCAAUGGCACCGAGCGCUCCUCCCGCUCCGCCGCGCAGUGCAGGACGCAGUGACCGAACAAGUUUGAACUCCGCACUGGUGAUGCUUUUCCUCGAUGGCAUCUGAUGAAUCCUUCACUGGGACACAGUAACAGGUCUGCCAAACAUCUCACCUCCCAUGUCACCGGGACGUCUCCAUGGCGAUGUUUAGCAGCGCUGAGCGGCUCUGGAACGAGUCGGACCGCCUGGGAUGGGACGAGAGGAACGAGAGCUCGGAGGCAACAGGGCAGGACGAGCGCAACUACUACGCCAUGCUGUACUCCCUGCUCAUCCUGGCUAUCGUGUUCGGGAACGUGUUGGUGUGUCUGGCUGUGCUGAGGGAACGUUCUCUCCAGACCACCACCAACUACCUGGUGGUCAGCCUGGCCGUGGCCGACCUGCUGGUGGCCUCCCUGGUCAUGCCCUGGGCUGUGUACCUGGAGGUGGUCGGCGGUGCCUGGCUUUUCAGCCGACUCUACUGUAACAUCUUUGUCACGCUGGAUGUGAUGAUGUGCACCGCCAGUAUCCUCAACCUGUGUGCUAUCAGCAUUGACAGGUAUACAGCAGUCGUGAUGCCCGUCUUGUACAAUACCACCCAUCGCUCCAGGAAGAGAGUUUUUGCUAUGAUUGCCACUGUGUGGGUCCUGGCCUUCGCUGUCUCCUGUCCCCUGCUGUUUGGCUUCAACACCACAGUCGACCCUAUGGUGUGCUCCAUCUCCAACCCCGACUUUGUCAUCUACUCCUCCGUGGUGUCGUUCUACCUGCCGUUUAUCGUCACUCUGCUGGUCUACAUCCGCAUCUACGUCUUCCUCAGGAUGAGGAGGAAGAGGAUCACCUUCGGACAGGCCAGCGGAAAGGUGCAGCCAGGACCCACACCGACGUCUGUGGAGACCUGUUUGCAAGAAGAGGCUCCCAAGACGAAGCAAGACCUGUCACCUAUAAAGAUUAAAGUGAGUGUGGAACCAACGGGUCCCUCUAAGCCCAACCUGCUCUCAGGAUGUCUGUGGCGCAAACGCCCAAAGACGGGACCGGUGGAGAACUCAGGGCUGCCCCCGGUGGACACGCAGAACUACUGCAGCAUCAGCCACGCCUCCUGCGGCCGCACUGAGCUGGAUCUGGAGCAGGACCGAGGGGGGCAGGACGCGGAGGAGAGCAACCAGAUCGAGCGUCCCCCAGUCAGGAUGAGCUGCGAGGUGAAGGACCUGUCCAAUGGACGAACGCACACGUCGCUGCGGCCGUUGUCUCACAUCAACAAUCCCCGAUUCAGGAGCAUGCACGCUCGGGAGAAGAAGGCCACACAGAUGCUGGCCAUUGUGCUUGGGGUGUUUCUCAUCUGCUGGCUGCCUUUCUUUGUGACUCACAUUCUGAACACCCACUGCAGGACAUGCUACGUGCCUCCUGCACUUUACAGUGCUUUUACCUGGCUGGGGUAUGUCAACAGCGCCCUUAACCCUGUUAUCUACACGACCUUCAACAUCGAGUUCAGGCGGGCUUUCAUCAAGAUCCUCAGUUGCUGAGGAAGCAGACACGGCAGCACAUUAACGUGGAAAUGAGGCUGUGCACUCGUGCUCCAACUCAGGCGUAGCACAUUUAGUAAACACUGACCACAGAAGGUCACGAUCAAAUGGAGCAAACUCGCUGUGUAUCCUACAGGAGUUAAACAGUAGCAGCAAGGUGAAGCAUGGAGACGGACCGAUGCUGCAUUGUGCAAUAAACGCAAACAAAAGAGGAUUUUUACUUUUCUGACUCCAGCAAAGACUUUCUUCUUUUGCAACAGGGCUGGGAUUACAACUGAACAGUGUUACUCCUCAAAUAAGACUUUUCACAUGCACACAAUGUUAUUGAUAGCUUUCUCGUGGAUAUGUCUUGUACAGUAUGUGUACUGCUCAUUGGCACAAGUUCCUCAGUUCAGGACUUUCAGGUCAAUGUAGUUUAAAGGCUCUUUGAAAAGAUGGAGCUUUAAGGCUGACAAACUGAUCGUAGAGCUGCAGGCCACUUCGUCCGGAGGCCCACUGCCAUCGCACUGUGUGCAUUAACUGAUGUUCUUCACCUCCCCCACAUACCCCCACCCUCAUCGCUAUGACCAUCAGUUAUUCACCGGUGCACGCACCAGUCAAAAUUCACGACCGUGUACUUGAAUCGUACUGAAACGAUCGUACUGGUCCCUGCCAAGACUCACAUCAUUUGGAAGAUUGUCAUAUAGAUAUUGAUGUGGAGGCAUUGUGCUCAGUGUGUCUUCAUUAGAAUUUUAAAAAAUGUGAGAUUUUGAUGUAAUGCACAGUGGAAAAAUUCUCAAUGUUUUUCAAAGGGACUGUCUGUUUACUGGCAACCCUCCCCAUGAUUUAGAGCUGCCUGCUGGCUGCUCGGAUGUUGGCAGAAGCUUUGCGAUCUUUACAAAUCAAGCAGGAUUGUAAAGUAUGAGGUGGCCAGGUGUGUCAUGUGCAGAGCUUUUACUGCAUUGUGUUGUAAAUAAAAAAAAAGAUGAAACAUG